UGUCUCAAGCGCGAUUAUAGAUUCAAUAAACACCUGCAAAAUGGAAGACGACGGGGAUGUGCUUGCACAGCUAAAUUCUCAAAAUGUAAACCAACUGUUGCGAAUGCUGGAAAAUUAUCUGCCGCAAAGUAUAGUUAUACAAAACUGGAUUCGCAAACACCAAGAAUGGGAGUCAAAAGUCCCAGAAAUGGAGUUUAAAGUUCUGUCGCCGAGAGCUAAGGUGUCAAGUGGCUGUGUGGCGAUUUGUAUUUGCAGCGGUGUGGCCGCAAAACAAUACGGAGUUGUUUUUGCAACCGAGGAGAACAGUGACCUCCUAAAGCAGUGUUUAUCAGAAACAAAGCUCAUUCAUUGGGAGGAAUUCACGCACUUUACUGGGGUGCUAGAGUGCCACGCCACUAUUAUGUCUGCCGUGCUUGGAUCUAAAGGUUUCAAGAAUACUGACGCUCAAAUAAGCCAGAGCUUCUUGCUACAAAUUCCCAUUGAGAGAGCUCUCAAGCAGAAACCAAAAAUGCUACCUGAUGGAUUCGUCAUUGGUUCAGUCGACCUGUCUCAUUUCCCAGAGGCAAUAAAUAUUUGGGAUGGCUACCGCAGAACCACAAUGAAAAUGUUUGAACUGAAUAUAUCAACGGGAGUGUUUAGAGUGCACGAGGAUGGGCGCAAAGAGCUGGUUGCUAUGUCUGUUCAGGCCGAGUAUGGCGGAGUCUCGAUCUUGCAAACAGCACCACAUUUUCAACAACAAGGUUUUGGCACAAGCGUUCUAACAGACAUAACUAGUAAAAUGGCCAAACAAGGAAUUCAUCCUCACGGCCAUGUUCUAAAAGACAAUUUCCAAUCUCUUGGCCUGUUUAAAAAAUGCGGAUAUGAUAUUGUUGGAAAAUCUUUUUGGAUAUUUAUUGAAAAAAAUGAUUGAAUUCCUCUACUAUUAUACAUUAUACACAAUAUAAGAAAAAAAUCUACUCAAGUUCGCUUGUGGCCUCGUUGUCAGUGUGUUCUGUAUCUUCUGGCUGCUGAGACGCUUUAGGAUUCUAAAAUAAUAAAAUCACGCUUUCUAGAAAAACAGCAGAUAAAUAAAUGGACAAAUCGCACCUCAUCAGAUUUAUUUUC